AUGAUAAUCAACACUCUCCAAAGACCCCUGCAACGUCUGGCGCACUCUCCGCACUCUCCCCGCGGACUAUUACGCCCUUCUCUCAUCGCCAAACGACACAUCGGCAUCCCCCCGGCCUACCUGCUGGACGAGUACAUCCCCCGCUACCAAUUGCUCACAUCGGUAGAAGCCUCCAGGAAACGCUCCCUCGCGUACUACCAUCUCAACAAAUGCAACCUCUGUCCUCGUCGGUGCGGCGUGAAUCGGUUCCAGGAGACGGGCGCAUGCCUUAUUGGCGCCGAAACGGCCAAGGUCAAUGUGAUUGCGCCACAUCGGGGCGAGGAGCCUUGUAUCCAGGGAUAUCAUGGGAGCGGGUCUGUGUUUUUCUCGGGGUGUAAUAUGCGAUGUGUAUUUUGUCAGAAUUAUGAUAUUGCCCACCAACUGAACGGAUUCGAUCUCACUCCUGAAGAACUGGCGGAAUGGUACAUCAAGCUCCAGCAAGUCGGGAACGUCCAUAACAUCAACCUCGUCACACCCGAACACGUCGUGCCGCAGGUGGCUCUGUCCAUUCUCGCUGCGAGGGACAUGGGCCUGAAGAUACCGAUUGUCUACAAUACGUCCUCAUACGACUCGCUCGAGUCGCUAGAGCUCAUGGAUGGACUGGUGGAUAUCUACCUGCCUGAUUUCAAGGUCUGGGAGAACAGCACGUCGAAACGGCUUCUGAAGGUGGACGAUUACCCCGAAACAGCCAGGGAGAGCAUCAAGGCCAUGCAUAAACAAGUGGGGGACCUGAGUUUUACAUCGGACGGGAUCGCGAAGAAGGGCGUCCUUCUACGGCAUCUGGUUAUGCCCGGUAAGGAAGGGGAGGCGAAGGAGAUCAUGCGCUGGCUCGCGGAGAAUGUGUCCAAGGACCUGUACGUGCAUAUCAUGGAGCAGUAUCAUCCUGAUGCGCAUGUGGGGAAGAAGAAGAAACGGGCGGUUGCCAACGGCAGUGGAGAGGUCAGGUAUGCUGAGAUUAACCGGGCUGUUCGCGAUGAGGAGCUCAGUUCUGUUCGGAGUGCUGCCGAGGCUGCUGGUCUCUGGAGGUUUUGUGAGGUUAAUGAGCAUGGUGGUUUCCAUCUAUGA